UAAAAUGGCGUCUGAAAGCGGUUCUGUAGCUCAGGAUGAGAAAACAGCUCUGAUAGAAGAAGAGUCGGGACUGGACUCUGUUGAGCAGCCGGAAGGAGACACACCUGAGAGACAACAUGAGUCCAAGCUGACGCUUUAUCACUGGACUCAGUCUUUUAAUUCUCAGAAGGUGCGUCUGGCCAUAGCAGAGAAAGGUUUGCAGUGUCAGGAGUACAAUGUGAGUCUGCCGCUCAGUGAGCACAACGAGCCCUGGUUCAUGCGUCUGAAUCCAACAGGUGAAGUGCCCGUCUUAGUCCACGAUGACAACGUUAUCUGUGACCCGACACAGAUCAUGGAUUAUCUGGAGCACAACUUUAACAAUGAGGGAACUCCCAAGCUGGUACCUGAAGAGGGAAGCACAUACUACCACAGGGUGCAGCACUACAGAGAGCUGCUGGACUCACUACAGAUGGAUGCCUAUACCCACGGCUGCAUCCUCCACCCUGAGAUCACAGUGGACUCGCACAUACCAGCCUAUGCUGCUACGUGCAUCCGAUCACAGAUUGGAAACACACAGUCAGAGCUGAAAAAACUGGCCGAGCAGAAUCCAGAGCUGAAAGAUGCUUAUGUUGCAAAACAGAGGCGCAUAAAAUCCAAGUUGUUUGACCAUGACAACAUGAAGUACCUGAAGAAGCUUCUGGAUGAACUGGAGAGUGUGAUGGACCAGGUGGAGACAGAGCUUCAGAGGAGGGUGGAAGAAACACCAGAAGAAGGCACUCAGUUCUGGCUGUGUGGGGACUUCUUCAGCAUGGCUGACGUCUCUCUGGCAGUAACCUUACACCGCCUCAAGUUCCUCGGCCUCUCCCGUCGCUACUGGGGCAACGGUAACCGUGUCAACCUGGAAACAUACUACGAGCGUGUGGUGGAGCGCCCGGCCUUCAGGAGGGUUUUAAGCCAUGUCAACAACAUCCUGAUAUCUGCCGUCCUGCCGGUGGCGUUUCGCGUGGCCAGGAAGAACGCACCGGUAAUUGUUGGUACCACUCUCCUGAUAGGCCUCCUGGGCGGAGCCACAUACGUGGCCUUUCUGUACAUGAAGAAGAGGCUCACUGCCUUUAGCUGAGGGAGGUUGUGGUGUUUGUUUGGGGACAGAACUGAUGUGGGGGUGGGACGUAUAGAAACAUUUAAAUUUAAGAAAUGUUGCAUUCAUUUAAAGACAAAUUUAACACAAAUAAAAUUAAAAUUACACAUAUCUAUUAUUUUCUCUGUUGCUGGUUGCACAAAAUGCACUUUUAUUCAUUUCCCACACCAAAGGUUUGACUGAAGAUGAAUUUGGUCACUUCUUGCUUUAAAGCUGAGGAUACUUGAGUCUCUUCCCCAUGAGCGGUUUGUUUUUAUAACAUUACCUGAAAGUACCAUUCCUCUCUGACAAAAUGAAAAUACAUAGACCUUUGACCAUGUGCCACGCCAUCAUAAUAUUAAACAAUUAUAAACCAGUAUAAAUAGAUUUUCAUACUUCAUUGAAAACAAUUAAAAGCUAUGUAAUGGUAAACAUGAUUUAUCGUAAAUGAGCAAAAUGUUUCUAUGUGCACUGAAAUAAUUACAAGGGAGCUUAAUCUAUUGACUUUACCAUUUGUUAUUUCAUUGUCGUGCACAUUUGCAUGCAAACACCAGAAGUCAGUGACCCAGUCUGCCCAGCAGGAAUCAAACAUGUCUACAUGUGUAGGAGCUCUGUUAUCACAGCUGCACUCAUGUUUUACUAUAAGACUGAUGGACAAUUGCUUGAAACAUUCUCUGUGUAACGUUGAUUUCACUGCUUUUCUAAUUUUAUUUUUAGACCAUCAUGUAACACCUGUCUGAGAAUAAACUGCU